AUGUCGGCACCUCGGACUCGACGGCGCGCCGCCCAGGAAAAGCUCGAGCACGGCUCCGACGACGACCGGGCUACUCCUGUCGUGGACGGCAACGGCUCAGCUCGCGAUGCGCCGGAAGCUUCGGACUCUGACCCGGACGAGAACAUUUUUCUCUUCUGGCCCAACAUCAUAGGAUACUGCCGAAUCGUGCUCGCCAUUGCGUCUCUGUACUACAUGCCGCUGCACCCUCGCACGUGCUCCCUGCUCUACAGCAUCUCAUGCUUGCUCGACGCCCUCGACGGAUAUGCCGCCAGGGCCUUUAACCAGUCGACCCGGUUCGGCGCCGUCCUGGACAUGGUCACCGACCGCUGUACCACCUCGUGUUUGCUGGUCUUUCUGUCUUCGGCCUUUCCCCGAUGGGCCAUUAUUUUCCAGGGCCUGAUUGCGCUCGACUUCUCCAGCCACUACAUGCACAUGUAUGCCACUUUGGUGGUCGGCGGCACCGACUCGAGCCACAAGAACAUUGACAAGAGCCAGAGUUGGUUGCUGAACUUGUACUACACCAACAAGACCGUACUGUUCAUCUUCUGCCUCUUCAACGAAGUCUUCUUCAUUGCGCUCUAUCUCCUGUCCUUCUCGUCGCCCCUCCUUUCGCCUCACCUCAUAAAGAGCGUGGAGCAGACCAGCGGUGGACUGAUCGAGCCUGGUGUCCCGGUCAAUACCUCGCUUCUCCGACAACUGUUCCCCGAUCCCUUCAGCGCUGCCGCCCUCGAGCUCGCCCGAGCGAACAAGAUGGACUCCACUGUCCCCUGGAUCAUCACCGGCAUCAGCUUCCCCAUCAUGCUGGCUAAGCAGAUUAUCAAUGUGGUCCAGCUGAUCAAGGCGAGCAGAUGGCUUGCCGAGGUUGACGUCAAAACACGCAGGGCCAAGGGACUCAACAAGAAGGCUUAA